AUGUGGUUUUUAAGCCCAAGAGGUAGUUUUCUUGUAUAUUCUGGUUUUGAGCAUCAUUCAGGUCAAAAUAGCAAAGAAGAGUCAAAAUGGAGCAAAAAGAGUCAAAUCACCAAGUUCCCAAGUCUAGAGCACCAAAAUCUACAUUUCUCGCUAAAGACCAAACCGGAGCAUCCGAAGUACGACCGCAUGUUCAUGCCUUCCCGACGUCCAAAAGUCAUGAUUCUUAUAUGGAAAGAUAGAUAUUUGAGUCAUGACCCGCGGCGAAGUGGAAAGAGGUCAUUUGGAUCACUCGUUGGACCGGAACUUAUUUUCUACCAAGACAUGUCCGACGAGCGCCUAAGUAGAGCCCAUGGAGACUUUGAUGGAUCAAGAGGCCCGAGAUACCGCGCCCAAGGCCUUGGCUCAUCUUGA